UGAUUUAUUUAUUUAUUUUACGUUGUAUACCAACGUACUUUCCAUUGAUUCUGUGUCGGUGCGAAAAUUGAACGGAACUGGAGUUCAGAAUCGGUUUGGAUCGUGCUAGGAUUAUUACAAACAUGGAAAUGCAUGUUUAUGGAAAGGCGCCAACGAGGCCAGACGCUAAGACACGGUACCGGUGAUACUAUAAAAGAAAUUAUUAGGCGAAAAAUGUACUUACAAUCAUCUCAAUAUCGUCAAAAGGCGACGAAGAAAAGAUUCAGUUUGAUUAGCGCCAAAAUCGAACACAAUUUCGAACAACGGACGAUUUUCUUUCCAUCGACAGCACCGCUGUGCAGUGUAUGAUUAGCAUUAGAACGAGCGAGUGUGUGCAAAGUGUAUAAGCGUCGUCGUCGUCACGAUAAGGAGUGGGUGCGUGCGUGCGUGCGCUGUCGCAAAGAUGACGAUGAUGUUUGUUGGUGGUACCUUCAGCUGGCAAAGGGCGUGCUGAAAAAAGGUAUUACACGUACGUCGAAAGUAAUGCACAAUCGCGAUUCCCUAAUCACGAAGUCUGUGUUUUGUUGUGCAAUGGUGUAGCAACCGAGCGUGCGGUACAAGAGUGAUAACGAGAGUGUGUGGAACGAGGUUUUAGUGACAAAAAGAGCGGUGGAACGCGACGGAGGGGGAAGUGAAACGUGGAUUGCAGUGAAAACGUUUUCCCCGGAAAACAUACCGCUUUCAGCCGGAAGAGGAACCUCAGAAGCAUGCUUUACGGUAGUCGUUGUCGUCGAGCGUGUCCCAGCGGUGUCCCGGUGCUGCACCUUCGAGACAAACCCGUUCGCUCGAUGGACACCGUAACGAAGCAACACUACCGGAUGCCGAAGGUCGUGAUGAUUGGUGGACUGAGUGGUGAUGCAAAGGGUGCUCUAAUGCUGGCCAACAGCGGAAGUUAAUGCAUCGAUAACUGAUCAUCAUUCUGCUUGCUGCCGAACGACUGCCUAGCUGCUAAACUUCAACUGCCGCCUGUCUGCUGGAACUGGCACAGGACCAACCGUCGUCUGCUUCGUUGCCGACUCGACUCGCGCGCGCUCAACUGCCAUCACCUUCAGCCUGUCGUAGCUGUUUGCUGACGGAAAAGCUGCAAAUGCUUUGAGGCAGUUCGUUCACUCACACCACCAAUAAUAGCCAAGUGCAACAGCUGACAAAGUGCAAUUUUUGUACGCCGGCAGAAAACGAAAGUAGUAGUGGACCAGAAAGCAGUAGUGUACGUUACCAAACACUGAGGCCGAAGGAGCAAUUUUUUUUGUGGUCAAUGGCACAAAAUCGAAUGCCGGCAGUCUUUCGGUGUUUAAAACGCCGAUUCAUUCUACUUGCUUUGGAGUAGUUUGAUACUCCCUUUUUGGUUGUCCUCCUUGGUUAUAAAGGUCCGGUUUUGUUGUUGGAAGUUUUAAACUUUUUCCAUCAAACUAUUGGUUUGCACGCUACUGAUUUGUAAAGGUGUGUAUUCGAGCAGAAAUAGCUACUGAUACACCUGUUCGGUUAUGAGUGGUGCGAAUUAUUUGCCUCGUUUCUCAAAUUAUCUGGUACACGUGGUACAGUUUUGUUAGAUUGUGAACGCUGCGCAACAACAAUUCACUCUCAAUUCCCUUAACCAUGGAUGAGAAGGAAGUAAACUUCUUGCCGAAGCCAAAAAUGCCGAAAGUGGGAUGCUUCCGAGCGGUCUGUGCGCACGAUAGCCAAUGACUACAAGGAGUGUGUUCCGUACGUUCCGAAGAGGGUUGCAAUUUGAAGUGAUGAAGUGAACAUAAAAGGGAAAACAGAGAUUCUAUGAACACAUCAUUUUCGCAAUCAUAAAGUGCCAUAAGCAAAGGUGUAUAAUUUGCCAGAAAAUAAUAACGGCACUACUUACUGAAUCUCAUCAACUGGUAACAUGGAAACAGAGCGCAUACGUAUCCGCGACAAAGAUCGCAUUCCGGCCCGGUUGGUGCUGUACUUUCUGUCCUGGUCCGGGUUUCUGGUGUCGUUCGUAAUGCGCAACGACAUCAACUUUGCCCUGGUGGCGAUGGUACAGGAUCCCAGCUCGAACGCGACCGGCAGCGAUCACUGCAACACCGUGGCCAGCUCUAUGCCCGCACUGGAGGAGGGUGACGAUUACAACUACACGAUGUCGAUGGCCAACGCAACCACAACCGUGUUGCUGGACGGGCCUGCGUCGAUCGAUGAUAUCAAGUUUGACUGGGACUCGACCGUGCAGGCAGUGAUCAAAUCGUCCUUCUACUGGUGCUACGUACUCUCGCAGGUGGUUGGUGGUGUGGCCACCCAGUACUUUGGCACGAAGAAUGUGUUCGGAUGGUCCCAAUUCCUUACGGCCGCUUGCAGUUUGCUUAUUCCGAAUGCUGCCGAUUUGCAUUACGGUGCCGUAAUCUUGUUGCGCUCGGUGCAGGGUUUCGCUAGCGGGCUUACCUGGCCGGCUAUGUACGCCAUCGUAGGUUACUGGAUACCGCCGGUCGAGCGGAGUCGGUUCAUGAGUAGCUUCCAGGGCUUUAGCAUUGGGAUAGGGUUGACGUAUCCGCUAUGCGGGUUCAUCAUCGCUCACUUCGGCUGGAGGCAGGUGUUCUACACGACCGGAACGAUCGGAAUGAUUUGGUGUGUGUUCUGGUAUCUGCUCGCGUACAACACACCCCAAGAGCAUCCGCGCAUUACGCCCGAAGAGCUGGAGUACAUCGAGCUGAACGUGAGCGAGGACAUAAAGAAUGGACAGGGGAUGCGUGUACCGUGGCGGCGCAUCUUUACCUCGAUGCCGGUGUGGGCCAUCGGCCUGACAACGUUCGGACGCAUCUGGGUGCACUACACGUUCAUCAUGUCCGGGCCGGAGUACAUGCAAAAGAUCUUUUGUUUCGAUAUACAGCAGAACGGACUGCUUUCCGGCGCGCCCUUCCUCUGCUCCUACCUGUCCUCGGUGUUGUUCUGCUACGUGGCGGAUCUGCUGAUGGAUCACAAGACGCUAACACUCACCAACGUGCGCAAACUCUUCACAGCACUGUCACAGAUCGUUCCGGGUGUGCUGGUGCUGCUGGUAGGCUACCUGGGCUACCAGAUUGUGACCGUGCUGAUACUGUGGUUUGUUGCGGUAACCUUCAUCACGGCGUCUUAUGCCGGCGCGAUGGCAAACAUCGUCGACAUUGCUCCGAACCUGGCCGGACCUGUGUUGGCAUUUGCGCAGACUAUCCACAUGACCGCUUCCUUCCUGCAGCCGCUCGUUACCGGCUUCAUGGUGACGGAUUCGCAAAACAUCAACCAGUGGCUGCAUGUGUUUGGUGUGUCGUCGGUGGUGGCCAUCAGCACGUACCUCAUCUAUCAGGUGUUUGGUACAGCGGAAAUACAAUCGUGGAACUAUCCCGUUCCCGAUCCGGAAGUAACGUCUUCGGAUGAUUCGGCCGUGAUCGCCAACCAGCCAAUGAUAAAGGUUGAACCAGGCCUUAAGUUUGACGAUGACGAUGACGAAGAGUAAGACGAUUGAAUCAUUUCUUUGAACUCUCGUGACAACAAUUAACGUUUUAAAAAAAAAGAGUUACUUAUAAGCAGAUGGGAUGAGGUAAUGAUGAGAUGUAACAAGAAAUUCCACUUAAAAUUUAAUUAAUAGAUAUAGAUUUGAGAAGGGUGGAGACAACAAAUGUGAUUAAUCUAACAACAUUGAUAGGAGUAGGGAGUAGAACGGGGGAGCGACUAUCGCAGAGGUGGAUGUGAAAUGAAACAGGAAAAUCAGGGAAAACUUAGAUUGCGGAUGUGCGCGAGUGGUUGUUAGUGCGGGUCAGCACGUUUUGUAUGUAAAGUUUAGAUCGUCAAAGAAUAGGCACGAUCGUGCCAGCAUUGAUCGGAACAAUAUUAAGCGAAAAUGAAGAGCGUGGCCGCUUGACACACUCUUCAUUUCAGAAGCAUAGGGGUGCAAACUAUAAAGGGGUUCCAUCAAGUUUUUCUGGGGAUUCCUUACGUUUUUUUAUAAUGAUUUCAAUUCUUUUUCACGUGUUUGUCACCGGAAAUUAGGUCCUGAACAAUUUGUUCGUUUGAGAGAAAAAUAUUUUUCAUCACUUACCAAAGUAUUUGGAGUUAUUUUCGAGAAUCAUUUUAUUUAGUUGUAUCCUUCGUGAAGGAGAAGAACGAUUUUUGAAUCAUUUGAGGUCCGUGCACGGCAAGAUCCACCUUCGAAUGAAGAUGAUGAGAUCCCUUCGAAGUUACGAUAAGCUUCGAGCAACCUUUGCAUUCUCAAACGAAAAUCUUUCGAUUAUAAGGUCUCUUGGUAUAGUUUGCUAUUGUUCGGGCAAUGAGGAUUCAAAUAGUUUUCUCACUUUGCGAUGCCCUUUUGGCGACUCUGAAGUCUCUUCAAAUACUAGCGAGGGGUUUCUUGAAGGACAAGGCAGAUGAGAAGUUCUUGUUGAAGUGCAUCCUGGAAGAGAAAAGGCAUAUUGAACCACAAAAUUUCCCGAAAAAUGAGGCCUCCAGCAGCCCAUUGUUAAACCCGCCGUUGAUUUUGAGUGUGAGUAACGGCUUUUCGACGAUCAUUCAAAAAUUAGCAGUGUCCCUCGAGCGGGUGCUUUGCAAUUUUUAGAUUAAAAUUGCUUCAUCGCUCACGCUUCUCGAAGCUUAUCCAAAAAUAAGUUAUCUUUGAUAUUACUUAACUUACCGCGAUCUGUUCUUUGGUUGUCAUGUUAUUGGCAAAAUCUCCAGAUACCUCCAGAUGGAACACUCGGUAUUGUUGUACUCCUCCUGUACGUUUAACCGAUCGAGUGCGUUAACAGAAUUAUAAGAUAACAGUUUGAUCGUUCGUUUGUUUCGUAGCAAGUGACAAGCAACAGGUAGUGCACACAUUACCAUACACACACAUGUAUGCAAAGUUAUGCAGAUAAUAAUUAGAAGAAAAUGGAUCGAUUUUCAUGUAAGAAGUGUGGAUUCUUUCUUUACAUUGCCAGUAGAAGUGAAGAUAAGUUUACGUUAAGGCGCAACUUAGGAGCUAAUACUUAAACAAUAACGAUUCAUUGGUCCGUAACGAUCCGUUUCGGUAGGUUUUUGUUACAGUUUCGUUGUUUUCAUUUCUCUCGUCAGUUAUUAUGUAUUAUGCGUGUUAUUUUAAAAAUUUAAGUUGUGAAAAUUUGGUUUGUUUUUGUUAGAUUAGCAACACUUUGUUCAGUAACCAGACAGCAUUAUAGUUACUUUUAGUGUAGCGUUGCACCUAUGUGCCACAUUUAUGGUAGUCAGCAGAAGAAGAAGGCGUUGAGUGAAAAAGAGUAGGAUUAAUCGAUUGUUCUGAAGUUGUUAUCAUGCACAUCAUAUUAGGCGGCCAUUUGUUGUCUCAUUGUUGCAGUUGCUGCUUGCACUGACAAUAAGCAGGUAGCAGGUCCAUAGUAUCGAAUGCCAACCGAUCGACAGAAAUGUACAGCAUCCGUACACGUGUAUGUAUUUCACAUCGAUCGACUUACCCCAUCUCUCUCUCUCUCUCUCUCUCUCUCUCUCUCUCUGUCUCACACACACUCUCUCCCGUACUAUCCCUUUUACGGGAAUUCUGUUAAACUAUACGUGCCUAUAUAACAAGAAACAACAGAGAUGAGAAAAAUAGCAAUCAGCCUCCAUUUUGAACAGAAAAUAGAAGAAUAGGAAAAACUAGAAGGGAUGGUAGAAAAAAAAGGCGCUACCCAUUGGAUCAAACUCUCCGUACUAAAGUUAAUUGAGCAGACUUAUCUAGUAACUUUCGUGAACAGUCUACAAUGCAUUGUUUCUCUAUAAAUUCCUUCAAUCCGCCCACUCAGGCCGUCGUCUCCAGCAAAGAGAGUAAAAUAACAGCCAUACACGGUGUUACUGAGUUGCAAACUUGAUCUUGAACUGGUCUGUUCUAUGUUGUGUUCCAGCAUAUAUACAUUACAGAAUGUCCUCAUUUACAAUGUUUCUUCGCCACUAUCUACUUUUGGGCUUUGGUUUAUAUUUUGACAUCUGGCUUACUUUUGGGAUCUGGUUUAUGGUUACUUUUCGAUUAUGUUUUAUCACUAUUAUGCAUUGUUACUUAUUUACAGGGGUUUUCAGUUGAUAAUGUAAAAGCAUCGUUCGGUUUUUGCAGGUUCCUUAGAUGAAAUGAUAAAUAAAAAUCGUUGAUAUGAGAACGGCUUCACGUGACAGGAGAAACAAUUAUCCUUUAUUGUGAAGAUACCAGAUGCUAUUGCAAUCGAAGCCGAUGAUAUUGUACACGACCUGUCAGCGCUCGCGUAAGUAAAGUCGAAUACGACCUGAAGGUUACGCACUUACCCGUACGCUGACUUGCCGUGCAAAAUAUCAUCAGCUUCGAUUACAAUGUCAUCUGGUCAUUUCACAAUUAAAUGUUAUUGAUUCGCCUGUCUUCUGAAGCCGUUCCCAUGUCAACUAGCUUUGUUUACAAUUUCAUUUAAGGGGCCCACAAAAAAGAUCGAUGCUUUGACAUUAUCCACUGAAACCCCCUGUAUGCUGUAAAACCCUAUUCAUUGUUGGGAAGCAUUAACUAAAUUGUCGCAUUGCUAAAAUGUUUAUGCUGAUUAUGUUGCUAAUUAAUUUGGAACUGCAUAUUGUAUCAUUGCUAACUCGUAUUAUGUUGCUUAAUAUGUUAAGCCUUACACAGGCACUGAGAGUUUCUCAGGCCAGUUCAACAUUGCUACACUAUACGUAAACAACAUAAACAACAUAAAUCCUCCGUCAACUAGGUAUUUUCCAUUGUCGAGUUGGGAUUUUACGGAGUAUAAAAUCUGUGUUUAACUGUUGAAAAAGGUUAAUUAGGUUGAAUAUAUGCAUGAUGUCGGAUUAGCCUUUUCUGUUCUGUUGACAUAUAGUUUUACAAUGUUGAACUGGCCUAAGAAGCCCUUAACUGUUUACUGAUGACCGCAACAACACGAUUACACACUUUUUUUAUUCCGCGAAACAACUUGGAUGUUUCGUAAUCAAGCAACAACAGCGAUUCAUAAUUUGCAUCUGACCAUCCGGUAAAAACUGACAACACAACCAACCAUACGAACUAGCAGUUAAACUCCGAUAAAUUUUGCAUUCUGGUAAGCUGUCAGAACCAGUGGGCUUGAUAAACAAGUUCCCUGGACUUCAAUAGUGUUAUAUAUAUGAUGGGAUCGCUUGUUAUAUUAAAUAUACAGAAGGUUUUAUUGUACGCCAAACGAGAUAACACAAGAUUAGGAUUCUUCUUCUUCUUCUAUUUUGAUGAAAACAGGGUAUAGCCUUUUAUGCGUAUGGGCAACUAUUGUUCCCCCCACAUAUUCAAAGGUCGUUUGGGCUUUCGACUGAGUCCUAGGACUGCUCAAGAGUCAUCUACCCGGUUGCGGAGUCUGUUGUUUUUCUGCUUGGUCUGUUUGUCAGAUGAGUGGUGUUAUGCUUUUCGUUUGUGCUGCAUGUUUCAUGUCUUGCUUGGUUCUAUUCAAAGUGAGAUUUUUGUUUCUCGUAUGAAUUUGGUUAUAUUUUUGACCAUGCGUCCGUUCGGCUCUUUCCAUUUCUCUUGGGUCUUGUAUCUGUUGCAGUAAAAGAUGUUAUGUAUUCCUGUUUCGGGAAUAUUACAUGCAUCACAAUUUCCGUUUUCGGUGAUUCUCAUUUUGUUGAGCCAAUAUUUUGAGAGAUCAUGUCCAGCUAUGAUUUUGUUUGUUGUUUUGAUGUCGUGGGGUGUGAUGUUUAAAUUGUGGUGCCACGGUUUGUCUUCGAACUCUUUUUGGAAUCUUUGGAAUUUUUUUCCCUUUUGCUCACACGUUUUUUUGUACCAUUCUCUAGUUUCUUUUUUCAUGUUUUCAACUAACAUAUGGUUUACAUCUGCCAAACGUAGUUUGUUGUUGUAUAUGUCUUUUGCGUGCACCCCUUUUUUUGCUAGUUCAUCUGCCUUUUCGUUUCCAUAUAGACCUAAGUGUCCUGGAAUCCAUCUUAUUUGAGCAUUAGAGUGUUUGCAUCCUUUGAGUAUAUUAUAGACUAUUUCGUCGAUGUGAUCGAGGUUUUGAGCGUUAAUGAGGAUUUUACAUGCAGCUUGACUGUCUGUAAGGAUGAUUGGGUUUUCUAUUUUUUCUAUCGUUAUGAUGUUAAUGGCUUUUUUUAAUGGCUGCUAAUUGGAGUUAUGUUUUUUGUUUUGAAUUUAUGUGCCCAGUAUCUGUUAUUGUUAUUAUUGUGAGGUCUUAUGUAUAUUCCGAUUCCGCAUUCCUCAUCGCUCUUGCUCCCGUCAGUGAAAAUUAGAGUGUUCGUUGUUCCUAGCUUUUUUAUUUCCUGUUCGCAAAAUUGUUUGAGGUAUACUUUCCCUGCUGUAGAGUUUUUUGAUAUGUUGGGUUCGAUUUCACAGCGAAUUUUUGUGCUUCCAUUGAUGUCAUUUGUUUUGAUUCUUGCUGUUUCUUCAAAAAUAUUCAGAUUGUUCUGGAAUAAAUUCUCCAUGCAUGAUUUGUUUCUUGAUCUGGUUCUUGAGUUUUCUCUCAUGGUUCUUCUCAUUUGGUCCCUAUGGAUCGGAGAGUAUAUUAAUGUUUUGACCAUGUCCUUUUUGGCUAUAAAACUUGCUCUAAUGUGUGGUGGGGUUUCGGCUGCUAUCGCCAUUAGCGUGUUAAUAGGGGUUGUUUUAGAGCAACCCGUUACUUUUCUGAGUGACUGGUUUGUAAUUGAAUUCAUUGAGUUUAGUAAGUUUUUUUUGCAUUUAGAGUGUACAGGGAGCCAGUUUCCAAAAUGUUCCUUAUAAUGGCUCUGUGUACAGUAAUGGUUUUCGUAGGGCUGAGGUUGUUUUUGGUGUUACAUAUCCUUCUCACUAACUGUAAUCUUUUUCUAGCUUUAUCCUUGAGUUCUUCUACAUGUUUUUUGAAAAAUAGGUUGCCAUCAAUCCACACUUCGAGAUAUUUGUAAACUGUAACUUUUUCUAUACGCUGGUUUCUUAUUUGUAUAGUAAUGUUUUGGGGUUUCUUGCUGAAGAUCAUGAAUUUUGUUUUGUCUAUGUUAAUUGGAAGCUUUAGUUCCUGGAAUGUAUUUGAAAAACUAUUGAUCGCUGUUUGCAUCUUAUAUUCCAGUUCUGCGGCUGUUUUCCCUGUUUGAAUGAUUACGAAAUCGUCCGCAUACUAUAAAACUUUUCCGUCGCUAUUGUUGAGUGUUUCGUAGAUUUUUUUGGUGUAGAUGUUAAAUAAGGUGGGUGAGAGGACAUCCUCUUGUGGUAAACCGUCUGGCACUAAUUUUUUUAGCUUUUCUCCUUCUUAUUUUAUUUCUAUCGUUCGGUUGUUUAGGAAACUUCCUACCCAUCUAAUGAUUUCUAUCGGAAUCUGGUUUUGCUCCAAAAUUUGUAUGAGCGAGUCUGUGUGUACGUUGUUGUACGCGCUUUUUAAAUCUAUAAACAUUAUACCAGUUAACCAGUUUUUUCUUUUGUUGGAUGUAAUUUCGUUCACUAAAUAGUUGACGCAUUGGUUUGUGGUACAGUUUUUUUUGAAGCCAAAAGAAGUUGUUGGUAUAAUGUUGUUGUUGUGACAGUGUCUGUUGAGGUCUUCUAAUACUGCUGAAUUUAUAAUUUUAGUGAUAGCCGGAAUCAUAGCUAUGGUCCUAUAGUUUUUAGCGUUGUUUCUAUCAGCCCCUGGUUUAGGGAUCGCCACUAUUUCUAUGUGUUUGUAUUGCUUUUUUAAAAUUCCUUUUUCCCACAUGUUAUUUAUCGCCUUUACUAUUUUACUGACCGAUGGUCUAUUUAUAUUUUUCAGAAUUUCGUAGGAGAUUUUGUCAGGCCCUGGGGCUGUAUUUUUCUUUUUUUUAGAAUGUUGUGCCAUCUUUCUUCGUACAUGAUGUUGUUUAAUGGCCUAGCAUAUUGAUGAGGUUUUUUGUUCCCUUUCUUAUUUUUUUGAAAAUUUUCUUCUAAAAAUGUUUUCGCUGCCUCUUUGUUGUUGUGGAUGAGAUUUUCAUCUUUUGUGUUUGUUUUUUUGCCUUCGAUUUUUCCUAUAAAUCUCCAUAAUUCUGUGGUGUUAGUGUAAUUGUUUAUCUCGCUAAGUUUCUCUUCAUAUUUUUGGAUUUUGUGUUUUCUUUUAAUUAAUCUGAAUUUAGCUAGAUUUUUCUUCAAUUCAAUUUCGUUCUCUAUUGUUUUGUUUGUAUUGAAAAUUUGUCUACUUUUGUUUUUUUCCUUCCAAGCUUUUUCCGUUUCUCUAUUCCACCAGAUUUUUAGUGGUUUUUUUUUUAUUUAGAGGUGUUUCCUUUUACUAGUGUGUCUAUUUUCUGGAAAAAUUGUUUCACUGAGGUGUGUUCCUCUAUUUCCAUUUGUUUUAAUUCAUGGUAAAGUUUUUUCCUGUUUGUUAUUAGUCGGGCUUAUUUAUGAUUGAUUGUUUCUAUAGUUGUGAUAAUUGUUUUGUGAUUGAUGGCUCUCAUGUGGUGCUCAUGGAUCUAGUACUCCCUUGUGCAUUUAUCGGUUAUGUUUUCUGUUACGAAUGUUAAGUCUAUUGCUGUAUUUCUUUUGUUUAAAUCUGUGGGGAUGUAUGUAGGUUCUUUGUUGUGCAAAAUUGUUAGUUGGGUAUUGUCUAUUUCGUUAAUUAUAAACGUACCUUUAUUGUCGCUCCAAGGGUUUCCCCAUGAGGUGUGAUGCGCGUUGAGGUCUGCGGCUAUUAGGCAUUUCCUGUUGUUUGUAUUGUGUAUUAUUUGCGUAACGGUGUCUUUGAAGUCUUGAAUCGGGGUCCUAGGGGCUGCAUAGAUGCAAAUUAUUUUGAAUUUAUCCUGUAUGAGUUCAAUUUCUGUGAUUUGUAUGUUUUCGUUACUAAGUCUAUUGAUUGUUCUAAUUUUUUUUGAUUUUUUGGAGGUAAAUUGCAGUGCCUCCAUAGCCGUCCGAUCUAUUGCUGUUUAUGCGGUUGUAGUUGUGGAUUUUGGAUUUAUGUAGAUUAUUGUCGUCUAACCAAGUUUCACAGAUGCAAGCUGCUGUGAUGUCUUGUGCGAGUAGAAUUCUUUCUAACUCGUCUUUGUUUUUAAUGAGGCUGGUUAUGUUUGUUUGUAGUUUUUUUAAUGUGGAUGUCAUAGUAUUGAACAAAUUUAUCUUUUCCUUUUUUAUAUAUAUUAACAAAACCUAUACAACAAAAAACCUGUUUGGCAGUUUAUAUUAUGCUACGUUCGUUCGUUUUGGUGCUUUUUUUGUGUGGCUUUUUAAAAUCGUGCUGGGAGACCCCUGCUUUUUCCUCGUCUGUGUCUGGAUAGGAGCUGUCGGACAUUGCUCUUUUGUUAAGUGUCAUAGUGUACGAGACACUUUUUUCGUAGUCUAUGCGUUCCAGUGCUUUGCUGCAGCCUGGUUCGUCAAUGGAUUUUUUUCUAGUGAUUUUACCCGCUUGGGUGGGGAUACUUUUUGUGGUUACCACUUUUUCAGUUGAGCUUUCUUUGGCCGUAGUGUGAUUGCCCUGUACUAUUGCCGAGUAUAGGCGCUGGUUGACACUUGAUGCCUUUUGGCUGUUAUUUUUCCUGUUUUGUGUGCAGAAAACACCGUAAUGGACCAUUUGAUCGCAGUACAUGCAGGUUUUGUAACAAGUGUAGAAAACUGUUUAUUUUACUAUUUCUAGACGACCCAUAUACGUGCGUGGUUUCCCUGUACAGUUACCGUUAGCGUCUGCCUGACAGCAAGCUAGCUGUCAUGUCCAGUGUUGCCACUGCUGCCUUAGAUGUCACAUGCCAGUGCUACCAGCAUCCUAACUUAUUACACGCUUUCUUUUUUUUAUGUACAUUAUUUACAAACUGAUUUACGAUAGGAAACUUAUUUCUAUACUAUCCUAACUAAAUAUCAAAUAUUUUUGGAGGGUGUACAACUCUUCCACUUCUAGUUACGUAUUGUCUAUUUACACAUGGCUCAUCUGCUUCGGAACUAUUACUAUCUUGUUCUUGAUGUACGGAUGUCUCUGAAUUACUCGCUGUGUAGUACGUCUCAUAUUCACUUCCCGUUUCUGAUGACGGUGUAGUAUCCUGAGAUUCUAGAUUAAGGUUUUCACCCCUACCUAAGCAUGGAUUCACAAUACCGGCUUCUAAAUUAGUUCGAUAUGCAAUGGGUUUUGCAUGCAUAGGCUCAUUGCCUGUUGGGGAUAUUCUUGCAAUUUUAACUAAAAAUCUUCUAUUCCCUCUAAACAUAUUUCCAUAAAUAUCUUGGACUAUAUACGAUCUACUGUUUACUUGGCGUAUAAUUUUUCCUUCAUUCCAUUCUUUUCCUGUCUUUUUGAAAUUUACCCUAUCUCCUAUAUUCAGGACUGGCAACGUUUUCGAAGACCGAUCGUAGAAUUUCUUUUGAUACUGGCGUCUUGAUAUUAUCUUUCAUGCAAUAUACUUUUCAUCAAUACAAUUGCGCAUUAACAAAGCGCUAGAUAUUGGUAAGCGAGACUUGAGUUGGCGACCAUAGAAUAACUGUGCUGGGGAAAGGCCCAUAUUAGCAACAGGUGUGGUGUUAUAUUCUAGUAAAUGAUAUUGGAAAGCUUUGAUAUUUUCAGCUUCAUAGCAUCGUUUGAGUAUGUUUUUAGCUAUAGCUACGCCUUUUUCAGCCAGACCAUUACUUUGUGGGUACCUUGGGCUCGAAAAAUUUAGGUUUAUAUUAGUUUCAUUGCUAUACGUUACAAAUGCUGUUGAGUUGAAUGGCACAUUAUCACAUCUAAUUUGAGUGGGAUAACCAUUAUCACAAAAGAAACUAUCUAGAAUAUCUAUAACACAUCUGAUUGAUUUUUCGUUUCAUUUUCUAGAUAUUAAAUAUCCUGAAUAUGAGUCUAUUAACGCAAUGUAAUCAUUUCCUGCGUAUUCAUAUAAAUCUAUACCCACUCGUUCGAACGGAUAACCAGGAGGUUCAUCCUGUAUAAGAGGUUCCUUUUGCUAGUUUCGAGUGAACUUUUCACACACAUUACAUGCUUUGACGAGUUCAGUGAUAUCAUUUGUCAUACCAGGCGAAAAGAAUAGAGAUCUUGCUCUUGCAAGUGUUUUUUCUAUACCCAAGUGAGGAGCAUGCAACCAUUUAGAUAUGGUUGGUUGCAUUAAUGUAGGAAUGAUUAAACGAUGCUCCUUGAACAAUAAUCCUUUUUCGAAAGGCAUCAAAUGUCGAUGUUUAAAGAACAAUUGCCCGAAUGAAUCCAAUUUGUGGUAAUGUGGCCAUUUCCUUUCCAGGUGUGUAUUUAAUGUGUAUUCCAGGAUAUUUCAACAAAUGUAGAAACAUUCGUUGGAGACGUGGCGUGACAUCAUCAAUAUCGCGCUUCACUAGUGUUUCAAGCGGCUUAUGGUCCGAUUGAACCAUAAAUUCACGACCAUAUACAAAAUGAUGGAAUCGUUCACAAGCAAAGACAAUAGCCAAAAGUUCUUUUUCAAUUUGAGCCCAUUUUUGUUCACUCUUUGACAGUGUCCUAGAUGCAUAUGCUACGGCUCUCCCUUCUUGCAAUAAUACACUACCCAAUCCAUCUUUUGAGCUAUCCGUUUGAACCACCAAUGGUUUAUUAACAUUAAACAUUGCUAAAUCAGGAGCCUUGGUAAUUGAACUGAGGAGUUCAUUAAUUUCAUGGUCAUGUUGUUCAGUCCACGACCAUUCGACAUCAUUUCGUGAGAGAUGUCUUAAUAGGGCAGUUCUCUUGGAUAAAUUUGGUAUAAAUUUUCCAAUAUACUUUAGCAGUCCAAGUAGACGCAGAACAUCUGACUUAUUUUUCGGCCUAGGCAUGUCCAUAAUUGCUUUUAUAUAAGAUUGAUCUGGUCUUAUUUGACCAUCAGACAAUAUGUGUCCCAUAAAUUUGAUCUCAUUUGUUCUAUACUGAGUUUUUAAUGGAUUAAAUUUAAUGUUAUUUUGUUUGGCUCUUUCCAAGACAACAGAUAAUGUUUUGUCGUGUUCCCCAAUAUUUUCUCCAGUAAUCGCAACAUCAUCAAAAUACACUUCGGCACCAGGAAUAUCUACGAAAACUUUUACCAUACGUUGUUGAAACAUUUCCGGUGCACUACUUAUUCCAAAAGGAACACGAUUCCAACGAAAUCGACCAUACGGUGUCAUAAAUGUGGUUAAAUCGGAACUUUUUCUGUCUAAAACCAUCUGCCAAAAUCCAUUUUUAAGAUCUAAUACUGUAAAUACACGUUUACCUAACAUGCGACUUAAAAGAUCUUCCGAUUUUGGUAUGAGAAAGUGUUCUCUUUUAAUACAAGCAUUCAACGGUUUUGGAUCCAAACAAAUGCGUAAAGAACCAUUUGGUUUCUCAACAAUCUGCAUGUUAUUUACCCAGUCUGUUGGAUAAUUAACGGGGCUAAUUAUUCCUUGAGCUUCCAUUGCUUUAAGUUCUUCUCUCAAACGGUCAUGUAAACUGAUUGGUAUGCGCUUUUUAUAAUGCAAAGAAGGGACAGCAUUUUCCAUAAGCACUAUAGUACAUUUUCCUGGAAGAUUUCCCAAACCUUGAAAUAAGUCUGCAUUUGCCUUGAUAAAAGAUUCUCUAUCUGAUGGAAAUGAUUGCAAAGAUGCCACACUGUUUAAACGUUUUAAUAACCCAAAUGCAAUACAUGUUUGUAGUCCCAAUAUUGGUUGAAGAGAAUCCUUUACCACAAUGAAAUUUGCUGAGUGCGAAAUAUUUGUGUUUUCAUCCACACAGGUUAAACGAACCUGACCGUGUAUUUUAAUGUCAUUAUUGUUAUAGUCUACAAUAUUAAACGAACACUCGUUCGACAAAGUUAAAUUCAUAGGGUUCACCACUAUCAACGGAAUACAAUUGACAUCAGCGCCCGUAUCAAGCUUGAAUUCUACCGGCCUGUCCUGAAUAAGGUAUCGUUUAGUCCAUUUGACAUUAGAUCCUCCUGUUGUUUCAUUAGAGUUUACUCUAUAAUUAGAAUUAUUACAAAGCUCUUGAGAAAAUCUAACAUUUUCCUUGAUGUUACUUUUAUCGACAUGUACAUUACCUGAUUCAGACCAUGCAAUCAUAUGUACGUUUUUCUCUGUCUUCUGCUUCGAACCAAUUUGUGCUCGCGUUGCUUCCAGCGGUACCCCGGUAGUAUUGUUGUUCUUGGCAGCCUUGCAGAAUUUCUUGAAGUGACCUCGUCGUCCGCAAUUGUUGCAAUUCACAUUUUUCGCUGGACAGUAGCGACGAUGGCUCCCGUUGUAAGCUUGGCCACAAUUAAAGCAACUGACGUUGUGGAAAUCGGACCGUUGAAUGGCGGCUACAUCUUUACUUCCGUCUUGCAGUUCAACACUGUUGAGGCUUUGAGCUUCACUUUUUUCAAACAGUUGUUUGUGUUCGGAGGCAGCUUCAUGGAUUUUACAAAUUUCUACGACAUUGUUUAGUGGCUCAUCCUUCGCAUCCAAUAACUUCAGCUUCAGACUUUUAUCUCGAAUGCCUAUUAUCAGCCGAUCGCGAAGCAUUCGAUCCGCAUAAGAUGCUUGGCAAUUGUCACAUUCGAAUUCGCAAAACGCCAUUUGUGUACGUAAUUCCGUUUCAAAUUCAGCGAAAGGUUGAUUUUGUUUCUGCACAAUAACAUUGAAUUUAAAUGCCUCCACAGCCAAGUUUUUCCUUGGAAGGCAGUACGAGUCAAAUGCAGUGAUGACGUCAUUCAAUGUUCGGCCUUCUUUUACGGUGCUGUCAGUAACAGCGGCAGCGGUAGCGGUUUCCUUUGCUGGAGCUUUGACGGGUGCUGGAGCUUUUGGUACAUUUUUAUGCACACCAAACAUUGUGUUCGUGUCUCCGUUAUUGGGAAAUAAAUUGUUGUAUAUUUCCAAUCCGUGGUCACCAAUCAGCCACAAGAAGGUAGCGAUUUUAUUCUGCUCAUUUUCGUUCAUUUUGUUGGUAGCGAUCAUGAAAAUAUGAAACUGCUGUUUCCAUUUCGGCCACUCUUUCGCCAAAUUCGAGCAGUCCAGAGCUCUCGGUAGACGAUCUGAUGUAAUUCCUGCCAUUUUAUUCUUUAUGUUUUACCACACGCGAUACGUGACUUUUUAUACGUUCUUUAUAUUCUUUAUAAACGACACUUGAUUCCAAGAGUUUAGUACUUAAUAACGACUGUAAGGGAGUUCUGACAUUUUUUUCUAGUGAUUUUACCCGCUUGGGUGGGGAUACUUUUUGUGAUUACCACUUUUUCAGUUGAGCUUUCUUUGGCCGUAGUGUGAUUGCCCUGUACUAUUGCCGAGUAUGGGCGCUGGUUGACACUUGAUGCCUAUUGUCUGUUAUUUUUCCUCUUUUGUGUGCAGGAAACACCGUAAUGGACCAUUUGAUCGCAGUACAUGCAGGUUUGUUCCUGCCCGCGGUAUGUGAUCCUACCCCGCUCAUGGUGAUGUAUGAUGGGAUGCCCCUGUUUAUUAACAUUUUCACCGCUCUGUUGCCGUUUCUUACGCCUGGAAAAGGCGUAGGCUCCUCCCAGAGGAGGUCCUUUUCCCCCUUCACCUCCCCGAAGGCCUCCAAAGCUGAUAUAAUAUCCGCGUUAGUCACCUUGGCGGAUACCUCCUGUAUGGUUACGACUUUGGUGUCGUCCUCCAUUGUGAUUGGGAUCGCGUGAUCCCGACCAUUACACGUGAUGGUGUGCUUUCUAUCAUGCACCUCCACUAUUAAGAGAGCAUCGUCCUCCUCUUUCAUCUCCACCACCACAGAUGUGGAAAGGUUCAGGAAUUGUACCAUUUCCAGCUUUUCCGCUUUUAGGCUUAGCUUGUCCGUAAGGAAGCUAAAAAUUUCCGUGCGUGUGGGCUUUCUUGGGAUUUGCGAGAAAUCCACCUUAAAGGUUCUGUCGCUAACCCACAUUUUUCAAAACAAAUUCCUCUCUUUUUUACGCAAAAAUUGUCCGUUACGAAAAGACACGUUUUUGGAUUUUUUCUUCUUAGUCGCCUGAACCAGCUGUGUUGCCCUGUGCACCGAAAUGGCACAGUUAUUAAAUAACACUCAUCGCUGCUGCCAACUUCGAUUCACGUGCACGUGCUUUUGUUUUGUAGCGACGUCUCGGGGUGAAGAAUCUGCGUCAACGUUAAUUACGCCGUUAAUUAUGACGACUUGAAGCCGUAUUGUCAGCACCGCAUGUGCUGACGAAGUACAAAUAUCCAAAGAACACAAAAAAUUACCAAGGCAUUUCCUCCCUGAUAUUUCGCCUUAUCCCGGGCGUGCUCGGUUAAGGUUUGUGAUCUGUUACUAAAGUGAAUUUUCGUGGACACAGGUAAUUAAAGAACUGCUUCACGGCCCACACGAUGUCAAGUGCUUCUUUGUCUAUGACUGGAUAACGCUGUUCCGUUUGCGACAUUGUGCAGCUUGCGUAAGCGACUGGCCUUUCGGUACCAUUACUCAUCCGGUGUGAUAACACUGCUCCCAGACCAGUCUUGCUUGCGUCGGUUGCUAGCACUAUGGGAAGUGUCGGGUCGUACUGAAUAACGUCUUGUGAUGAAAUGAGAAUGUUCUUUAUAUCCUGGUACGAUUUUUCGGCUUCCGAUGUCCACUCGAACUUUUCUGCUGACAGUAGAUCGCGCAGCGCUUUAGCUCAUGUCGAUAGGUCUAAUAUAAACGCAGAAUAAUAAGUUGUUGUUGUUUAAAUAUUAUAGAGAUUUUGGACCACUUGGGUCUCUUUCGUCUCUUUUACUGGGAUUGUGGAUGUUGAAGGAAUUGGAAUGUUGGAUAGGUUGUGUGAGAGGGUUACUGAGACGUUAAGGUGUCCCAUUCCUUUCGACUUUAGAAGUAUCAGACUAUUUUCAAUAGUUGAAUCUUUUUCUAAGUUUGUACUUGAGUUGUUGAGGUAACUCAGUCCUUUUUUGUGUUGUGGACGACAGACUACUGCAGUAGUCGAAUUCACCACAUUGUUUAGUUUUCCUCUCUAAUGUUGAGUGUGUUUCUUUAUUAUUGUUAUUAUAUUUUUUUCCCCCUUUUUUUACCGGCUUAAUUAUAUUUGGUUGUAUAAGUUUGUUUUUCUUAAAAAUUUCAAUACUUUUUUCUCUUCUUUAGAAUCUGGUCCUAAAAUGCAGUCAAUAUUGGAAUUUAACUUAAGGUGGUGUCGCUCCCUUUCAUAUCCUCGGCAUUCCGUUAGGAUAUGAUGUAUAGUGACUUGGGUUCCACAAUACUGGCAAAGUGGCGCUGGUGCUUUAGCUAAUAGGUGGCUAUGGGUUAGAUUUGUGUGUCCAAUCCGUAAUCUGGAUAAUAUCUUUUGAUCUUUGUUGUUAUCUGGGUCUUUCCAAGGUUGGAUUGUUACUUUUACUGAUCUCAACAGGUUGUCUAUUUCCUUAUUCCAAGCUCUCUGCCAUGAUUUUUCUAUUAAAUAUUUGCAUUGUUUUAGUGCAUCCCUCUUAGAGAUAGGAGGGGAGUUGUCAGUUGGUAAUUGUCGACCUUCAUUUGCCAGUCUAUCUGCUUUUUCAUUGCCUAUUAUACCAGUAUGGCUUGGGAUCCAACAGAAGGAAAUGUUUUUAGCAUGGUCUAUUGCAUCUAUUGCCUGAAUAUGGGGAUCUUUUGAACGACCAUGUUCUACUGCAGCUAAUACACUUGCACUGUCGGAGAAAAUUACGGUAGGUCUGUCUGGAUCAAUGUUUUCAUCUGCUGCUAUAUAAAUAGCAGUGGCCUCAGCUGAAAAAAUUGAUGAGUAGUCAGGAAGUUUUAUCGCGCAACUAGAAUUAUCAGAGUAAAUGCCACACCCUGCGGAGUUCAUAUAGAUUGACCCGUCGGUGUAAAUUUUGUGAUGGUUGAAAUAUUUACUGUUGAUAUGCUCUAUUGAAAUUUGGUAUGCUUGUUUAUUGUUUUGUCUAAGUUGAUCGUAAAUAGUCCAGUCUAUUUUAUGUGAGUUCUGGAACCAUGGGCGUUCCGAAUUUCUAGUUAUUUUUAGAAUAUCUGGUAGGAGAUGAUUAGUGGUCCUUUUAAACAUGUCUUUUGCUCUCUGAAUUAAAUUCAAGCAUUCUACUCUUUUCUCUAAAUUGCGUAAAGCCGUGCCUAUCAAACGGAGUGUUAUUAUCUGUGGAAAAGGAAGAAGACCACUUUCACAUAUAAGUGAUUUUAUAGGGCUAGUAAUGAAUGCACCGGUGGCGCAUCUUAUAGCUGAAUGGUAGAUAGGAGCUAAAAUAUUAUUAAUACCGUCAAACUCUAAACUAAUAAGUUCUAUUCCGAACAAAAUUUUUGGGAGAAGCCAUCCAUUAAUCAAUCGAAUCAUUAUGAGACGAGAUGCCCUGAUUUUUCCAUAUCCUAUCAUUUUGAAGACAUUUAUGUACGAUGUAGAGGAUGUUUUGAUAUUUUUCAGAUGUGGUUUGAAUGAUAGUUUUGAGUCGAGAGUAAUUCCUAAGAUUUUAGCUUGAUUAACGUUCGGAAUAAUGCUGUUUUCUAUUGAAAUCUUCUUAAGAUUUUUUGUCUUCUGGGUUUUACAAAUUCGUAAGAUUUUGCAUUUUUCUGGUGCUAUUUGGAAACCUGUUGAAUCACACCAUUUUUUUAGAUUAUUUAUGCCAGUUUGGAGAGCCUUUCUCGAUUUACUGGAAGAGACAUCCGAGGAAAUUAAUAGAAUGUCGUCUGCAUAUAUGAGGGGGGUGAUAUUAUUAGGGACAUGUGUGAAAAGGGACUCGAUACUAAUAAGGAAAAGGGUGGGAGAAAGGAUAGCACCUUGCGGAACUCCAUUUUCUAAGUGUUUGAUUUGCGAAAAUGUAUUGCCAAUACUAAUCCUAAAGGUACGGUUUUCUAAAAAGUUUUGUAUAAAGAUAGGUAAAUUUCCUUGGAAGCCCCAUCUUUCCAAUUGAUGUAAAAUGCCAUGUCGCCAAGUCAAGUCAUAAGCCUUGGCAAGGUCAACAAUGGCUAGGUCUAUGUGUUUAUUAUUGUUCUUUGCGGUUGUCAAUAUGUUUUCUAGUGUGGCGAAAUAUGUUUCCGUACCGUGACCGCUGCGGAAAGCGUGUUGGUUUUUAUGGAGUAAGUUUUUAGAUUCUAGUUCAUGACAGAGUCUUCUGUUAACUAUACGUUCGAGAAUUUUAGAAAUACAGUUUAAUAAAGAGAUUGGCCGGUAGCUGUCAACGUUAAAAGGUGAUUUAAGUGGUUUGGGAAUAGGAAUUAUAUAACUGUUUUUCCAGUGCAGCGGGAUUUUACCUGUGCACCAUAUGUUGUUAUAAAUUUGGAGGAGAUAUUCUAAAGCACCACUGGGUAGAUGUUGAAGUAAUGGGUAUCCCACUCCAUCUGGUCCGGCAGACUUUCCAUUACAUUUGCUAAGUGCAUGAGAAAGUUCUUUUAUUGAAAAUAGUUUGUUGUAUUGUAAAUCUUGGGAUGUUUGAAAGGAUGUUUUUUUCCGUUCCAUAGCUCUUUUGUGCUUUAAAAACUUGUCGGAAUAACUAUGACUCGAAGAUAUGGAUUGAAAAUGUUUUGAGAAUUCUUCCGCUAUGGCAACUGAGUCAUUAAUAGGAUUUUCAGGGUUGAGUAGGGAAGGGAAAUUUGUGUUGGAUUUCUUGCCGUUCAAAAUGUUUAUUCGCCGCCACAUUUCCUUUGAGGAUAUGGACGGAUCGAUUUCUUGUAUGAAUUUUUCCCAGCUAUUUUGUUUUGAUUUAGCUAUUAAUAACUUGGCUUGUUUAUUUGCUUCUUUGUAUUUUUGUAAUAUUGCUGGUUGGAUAUGGUCGUUAGUGAUCGAGGUUGACAAUUUCCUGAGCUUUCUUAGGUACUUCCUACGAGUUUUUAUUGCUUCAGCAACUUCCUCAUUCCACCAGGGAACGUAUUUUUUGGGAAUUUUCCCACUGCUUUUAGGAAUGCUUUGAGAAGCAGCCUCUAGGAUUAUAUCAAUGAAUCUAUGUUCAUUUACCUUCAUCCUGCUCCACGGAAUAUUGUUCAAUAUUUGUUUAUAUUUUGACCAAUCCGCCAUGUCGUACUUCCAACGAGGACGGAAGGAAGGAAAAUUGUUGUAUAGAUUAGUAGGAUUAAGUUUAACUGUAAGUGGGAAGUGGUCACUGCCAUAGAGGUCAUUUUCAACAGUGAGAACAAACCUCGAUGCUAUGUUAUCCGAUGUAGCACAAUGAUCUAUAGAGCUCAUUUGACCGGUCGAAGGAUCGAUACGGGUAGGUAGGUUAUUAUGGAGAGGAAAUAUUUGAUUUUGUUGUAAAAUGUUAUGGAUGUCUGUGCCUCGUUUGUUGGUUUGGGAACAACCCCACUGUGUGUUUUGUGCGUUUAAAUCUCCAAUAAUGAGGAUAGGAUUUGGAAUUUUUGCAAGGAGGUUGUUCAGCUCUGUUACAAUGUUAUUAUUAUAAUUUGGCGAUAAGUAAACACUUAGGAUAUUUAACUCUAUUGGGCUUCUAAUGUGAAUGCAUACUGAAGGUAUGGAAGUUUUAAUGCGAAUUCUUGUGUAAGGUAUGCUUUUGUGGAUUCCCAUGCAGGUGCUGUGGGAUGUGAUAGGGGAAUUGUUAGUUAUCCAAUGAUAACUGCUUAGUGGUGUUCUAUUGAGCAGAAUAGGGUUUGUGUAGGCUUCUUGUAAUGUUAUUAUUUUCGGCUCAUGUUUGUUUAUUAAUAUUUUUAAUUCAUCUAAAUUUUUUGAGAAGCUACGUAUAUUCCAAUUCAAAACAAGUUUAGUUUCACCUGGAAAAAUUGUCCUGAUAGAAUUAUUUGUAGAUUGUGCUGUCAUGAUUAAAAUUUUAGGCUAAAAAAGAUUUGCUGAUGCGAUGAUUAGGUUAAUGAAUUGUUUUUUUUUUUUUUUUGUUUCUAUUUACGAUGUCCUUUCCUUGUCUUUUUGGCCGAGAGUUCUUCGCUAGAGGAUGUCAAUGGAUGCUUGAAGGUGGAUGGUUUGUUAUUUUUAUUUGUGAUAAUUGUGUUACCUGCGGUGUCUUCUGUAUCUGAGUCCGAGAUGAGGUUUUGGCAUUCAGUUUUGUUCUGUUUUGUUUGAGUGAAUUUUUCAAUGGUUUUUGUGAGAACAGCAAUCUGGUCUUUCAGUAGGUUAACAGUUUGAGUGAGAUUUUCUAUAAUUUUAUCUUUCGGGUCUAUUGCUUGGGCUGCAGCGAUUCUUUGUUGAGCAAAACUGUUUGACAUUUGCUUAUGCGUGUUUUGUUCGUAUGCUAAUCUAGCCUCGCGGAAGGAGCAGUUGUUGUCGGUUUUAAUUUUUAUAAUCUCCGCUUCUUUGGUGUAGUGUGGACAUUUUUUGUCAAAAGUGUUGUGAUGUUCGUUACAAUUAACGCACGUUGGUGACACUGUGCAGUGACCGUGGGCAUCUUGUCCGCAAUUUGCACAGAUUUCUUUGUUUGCGCAGUUUUUCGUAGUAUGGCCAAAUCGGAGGCAUCUGUUGCAGCGCAUAGGUCGGGGAUAAUAAACCCUUGUUUUUAUCUUCUCUAGCCCGAUGUACACAUAUUCCGGAAUUGCCACUGCUUGCAUAGUCACCACAUAUGCAUUUGUUUGCACAAUUUGGCCAUUCACUCUUUUUGUGAAUCUGUAUACGUCGGUGAUACCUUCUGCUCCCAUAUGUUCUAUUAUCUCUUCUGAUUUUAAGGCGCCAAUCGAGCUGCACGUAAACACAAACUUUACGGCGUUCAGUGUAGGAUGUGGUGUAAUUGAGAUCUUGUCGCCGUUCAUCAAGGAAUUGAUCUUCUGCAGUUCGGUAAACACUUUUUCUGAUCGUGUUUCCAGCAGGAAUGUUUUGGAAUCCAACGGUCGGCCAGUAACAAUUUUACCAAUUGCACGUUUAAUCGUGUCGCUCAGUAUCCAUGGAUUCGCGGGAAGGGUUUUUUCCCCCACUGUACGUAACAGCAAAAACCGUUUUUCUCCGUACUCGCCGUUUCUAUCCAUAUACAAUGGCAACGUUCUCCCCCUCUGCUCUAUAGUAGAGAGUGGGGGGAACAUAGCUGCGGCCGCCGACGGGCCCGUCAUUGGGAUUGUUUGACUUUCUCAGAAUCUGUCGUUUUGCGUGCACUGUGACGUUAAAAAAAAAAAAA